AUGGCCGAAAACGUUGCAGCACAAUCCUUGAUGACGGGACUGUUAGAUCCUACAUAUCAAACGAAUCAAAAGACCGAUCUAAAGAGAAGAAGAUUCCGCCGCUGCAAAAGUGCCCCUCUUGCGGAAUUCGUUCCUGGAGACUUUAUUGGCACUGGUUCACUUCCACGUUCUGAGUCCAUUUUUGAUUCAAUCCACCCAAGUUUUAGGAAAGUUGCCAUAUACCUGGCUGUCUACCUCGGAAUAGGCACCGUUUGCUUUAGCAUCGUAAGGCACCAGAUCCAAGGAAAGAAAACCAAUGGAAUUCUUGACUCUGUUUAUUUCUGUAUUGUGACAAUGACCACUGUUGGAUAUGGAGACCUUGUGCCCAAUAGCACACCUACGAAACUACUUGCCUGUGCUUUUGUCUUCUCAGGGAUGGCUCUAUUCGGGCUCAUUCUAAGCAAAGCUGCAGACUACCUUGUAGAAAAGCAAGAAAUAUUGCUGGUUAAAGCAUUACAUAUUCAUCAGAAAGUUGGUCCAACAGAAAUUCUCAAGGAGAUUGAAAUUAACAAAGUGAGAUAUAAGUGUUUUAUGGUGUUGGCCUUUCUUUUGGUGCUCAUAAUUGCUGGGACAAUCUUCCUAGUUACAGUUGAGAAAUUAGACCUUGUUGAUGCCUUUUAUUGCGUCUGCUGUACAAUCACAACCCUGGGUUAUGGGGAUAAGAGCUUCUCAACAAAAAGAGGACGUGUAUUUGCUAUAUUUUGGAUACUUACAAGUACUAUUUGUUUAGCUCUGUUCUUCCUCUAUCUUGCUGAGUUAAAUACUGAAAGCAGACAAAGGGCAUUGGUNAUUCUCAAGGAGAUUGAAAUUAACAAAGUGAGAUAUAAGUGUUUUAUGGUGUUGGCCUUUCUUUUGGUGCUCAUAAUUGCUGGGACAAUCUUCCUAGUUACAGUUGAGAAAUUAGACCUUGUUGAUGCCUUUUAUUGCGUCUGCUGUACAAUCACAACCCUGGGUUAUGGGGAUAAGAGCUUCUCAACAAAAAGAGGACGUGUAUUUGCUAUAUUUUGGAUAGUUACAAGUACUAUUUGUUUAGCUCUGUUCUUCCUCUAUCUUGCUGAGUUAAAUACUGAAAGCAGACAAAGGGCAUUGGCGAAGCGGAUUCUUACGAAAAGGGUUACGAAUCAGGAUUUGGAGGUGGCUGAUAUUGACAAUGAUGGGGAUGUGGGGGCUGCUGAAUUCAUCUUGUAUAAGCUGAAAGAGAUGGGAAAGAUCAAGCAAGAAGACAUUUCACUAGUGAUGGAAGAGUUUGAAAAUCUUGAUGUUGAUCAGUCAGGAACUUUGUCAGCCUCUGAUAUUAUACUCGCCCAAUCAUCUCCACCAGGGAGUUGUAGAUGA